AUGGUGAUCAAUGCAUCAUGUGCAAUCCAUCGACUGCGGACAAAACCAGCAUACGUUCAGCGAUUGGUAAAGUCAACCAGCAAAGUAGAUGAAGUUCAGUCAGGACAACAGCCACUAACAACCAACAGAUCCUUGGCCAUGAUAAAAGACUGCCACCUCGCCUGGGAUCAACUCCGAAAGCUCCGCAGGUACCUAAAUGGCCCAGUUAUUCCAUCAGAGCGUGCCCUUAGAAAGCAGCAAAGCUGUUUGCUUAAGGACAACCUGAAGGGAGAAAUGAUCAAUCUGGUGUUUAGGAGCAGUAAGGCUGAUGGCGUUGAUGGCUUUCAGAUUAGAGAAGUGCCUUUCGUCUAUGUAAAAGACUUGGGUGCCAUGAUUCUUGAUUAUUUGGACCGCCAUGAUAAGAACAACAACUUAACAUGGCAUAACGGAGUGAUACCCAAUGAUGAGGUUUGGAUUAAAGUAGGCGGGGACAAGGGAGGUAACUCCUUCAAAAUGGACUUCCAAAUCGCCAACAUCAGGCAUCCCAACUCACUACAAAACACUGUUGUAUUUGCUUGUUUUGAAGCUAACGACUCGACAAGCAAUUUACAACGAGCUCUACUCCCCAUAUUUGAGCAAGUAUCAGCACUUACGUCUUUGAAAUGGCGAAAACGAUCUCUUCGAGUCUUCUGUUUCGGGGACUACGAGUUGCUAAAUAAAAUGUAUGGAAUAUGUGGCUGCAACGCUCGUUACUGUUGCAUUUACUGUCUUGGGAGCAAGCAAGCAUGGCAACAGCCACUAGAACAAAGAGGAUGGUUUCCAGAGCGUACCUUGACCAAUAUCAAAGAACAUCAUCAGCUCUUCAUACAGGAUGGGGCUCGACAAGUCAGGGCAAAGGACAUCUCCUUCAGUGUUGUAAACAGUCCAAUGAUUGAAGUUGAAACAGAUCACGUCGUCUUACCUAGCCUUCACAUUUCUCUCGGCGUCUUUAAGAAGCUGUAUGACCUCUUUGAGAGAGACUGCCACAAUCUAGACGUAGAGUUAUUUCAGCUCCGUGUGAAGGCCCAAGAUUGUGAAGAAAACAACAACUUUGAGGACCAAAUCGCUGCAGAAAUCAAAAGACAGGAGAAGAUUCACACACAGCUUCAAAUAAAGCGAUAUCAACUGGAAACUGCAGAGGAAGAGCUGCCCCUCUAUGUCCUACAAAAUGACAUCAAUGAAAUUGAUGCAGCAUUUAAAGACAUGGCCUGCAACGUAUUUAAACUUCGUGAUGAAAUACAAGAAUUGGAACAUGACGCAGGAACUCUGCAAUUACAGUACGCCACUGGUCCUGUUACCAGCUCACUAGAUAAAGUGCUGAACAACUUUAAAGUGCAGAGGCAGGCCUACCAUGGCAAGGCGUUUGUGGGGAAUCACGUUAAUAGGUGCUGCAAGCCUGAUGUUAUCAAUGCUCUUACAAGAGCACCCCAAGAGGCUUUGGAAAAAGGUUUCACAGAUGACAUCCCUCUUGGAAAGCAGGAGAAGCUUAGACACCAAGCAGGAAGGAUUGGUGCAAACUACAAAGACAUACUCUUCAAGUUUGCUGAUGUUCAUGCUGCCAUCAAUCACACUCGCGCUGUGACAACUGCUGAAAUCAACCGAAUAGAUUUGAGCAUUCGUGAACUACUCCGGACGUACCACCACAUUUUCCCCAAAGAAAACAUCACCCCGAAACUGCACCUCCUUGAAGACCAUGCCGUCAGUCAGCUGGGGAAGUUUGGGGUGGGUUUUGGUCUCCUUAAUGAACAGGGUGGUGAACUCAUUCAUUCUGAAUUCAACAGAAUUGCUAGAGUUGUUCAGGGCAUGAAGGGUGAUCUGCAGAAGCUGACAGCAAUAAUGAAGCGUCACCACACCAGUACAACACCGGAGAUCUGCAAAAAUAUGGGGAAAAAAUCAAGUGAUAAUGAGCAAUAA